CCUGCAUCGCACUCCGUGAGCGUAGGUCUAGCGUGACGUCACGGUAGCCUAGUUGGGUUAGGUUUUACGGUGGAAUUUGUAACGAGAAAUUUUUUGUUUGACGAUUAAUGUUUUCCCCGUCGCAUCUGCCGAAGUGACCGCCGUCGAGAGUCCGCACAGCCGUAACCAGCCCUCGUGUUGCGUGGACCGUGUGACCGCGAGGCCCCGCGUUUCGGCGUAUAUGAAAUUCUAAACGGAAAAUGAGUCGACAUGAAGGGGUAAGCUGUGACUCCUGCUUAAAAGGAAAUUUUCGAGGUCGCAGAUACAAGUGCCUGGUGUGCUACGAUUAUGACUUGUGUGCCAGCUGCUAUGAGGCCGGCGCCAGUACUACACGCCACCUCACCGAUCAUCCUAUGCAAUGCAUACUCACUAGAUCUGACUUCGAAUUGUAUUACGGAGGAGAAGGAGUGAGCGUAGAGCAACCCCAAUCGCUAACCUGCCCUUACUGUACGAGAAUGGGUUUUACAGAGGCUACGUUGCAGGAGCACGUGGCUGCUGAUCAUCUGGACACUAACUUUGAAGUGGUGUGUCCAGUAUGCGCCUCUCUACCAGGAGGGGAUCCAAAUCACGUGACGGACGACUUUGCUGGUCACUUGACUCUUGAGCAUCGCAGUGGACCUAGGGACCUGAUUUCAUUUCUGGAUGAGCCCGUUUCUAGCCGACAUGGUGUACGGCGAAUACCACAUCCAUCUAGGGGUGUUGGUGGGUCCAGACCCCGAAGGUCCAACAUGCAUUUCAGUUCCUCGGGGGGAUUAAGUCCCAGCAGUCGAGAAGGUAUAGACCCUAUCGCGGAGUUACUCUCCCAGCUAUCCGGGGUACGCAGGACCGGUGGUGGUACUGGACAGGUGUCUUCGGCGCCAUCGCAACUGCAACAGCUGCAGAUGCAGCUACAACUAGAACGUCAGCAAGUUAGGGCUGCCAGGCAACAGUUGGAACGGUUGCCCAGGAGGCAGACUCAAGUCAUCGGUUCCGUGGGUGGUGGCGGAGGUGGAGGUGGUGGAGGUGGUGCGAGCGGAGGGCACUCGACUACCAUGGCCAGUGUCGUGGCCAAUAGUACAGCUAGUAACAAUAAUGCAGCCAACGCGAUCAACCCGUCCGGCGUUUCGCCCGCCAACUCUCAGAACUCCAUGUUUCUGUUGCCGAGAUGCAUCGCGACCACGCUCUCGGAUUCGCAGCUGCAGAGCAUCGAGCGCGAGAGUGCGAAUCGAAGUCUCUUCGCUCGGGAACUCGUCGUGGGCACGCUCUCGCAGACUCUCCCGGAGUUGACACAGCAGCAAUCGAGCGCGCAGACGCCAGCCUCGAGUGCGACCACUGCGACGACCAGUCCGGAGACACCGAACGCGAGUCCGUCGGUGGUCUCCACGAAGAAGCUGAGCUCCAGCCAGGAGCUCAAAAGGGAACAAACGAACCCGAAUAAAUCCGUACUGCAAUCGAAUUCGCAGCAGCAGCAGCAGCACGUUUUUCAGGCUGCUACGGGAAGCGUCGGGCCAGGAUUGCCUCCUAACCCCAACGGCAUCACUGCCCAGAGUGCACCAAUGGUUCAGACGCUGAUGCACAGCGUGUUACCGCAGCCGUUGGUGUUGCAGCAGCCACUGCCGCCACCGCCGAUGAGGAACACGGGAACGGGUACCAUUCGGGAGCCGAUGACAGCUCCUCCGCCGUCCGCUUACCUCAGGGGCGGCGUGGGCCCCGUCGGAGUGACGGGCCCUUCGCGCAGGAAGCCAGUCAGGGCCGUAGACGGAAGAAACCAGUCGACGGAACCUCCGCCUCCGCACUAACCCCUCCGCUAUCCUUAUAUAUAUAUACACAUACAGACACAAAAAUGAAU